AUGGUUACCUACAAUUCAUUCUACCUGAUGCCACCUACACCUGGGAGGUGGAACGUAUCAAUGGUGAACGUGUUCAUCCAAAUCUAAUCGCUGAUCAAGUAGAAAUUGACAAUAAUCAACUACGUUAUUAUGGUUUAUCGUCGGCGGCAAACAAUCUGAGAAUACGCUGUAUCUCAUUGAAUGAUACAGCACGUUAUAUAUCCUCGGAUUUCAGUUUUCGUGUAUACGGUGAAAAAGGUGAACCGGUUAAAACAUCUGAUGUAGAACCUGGUGGAACACGAUGGAUAAGUGGAG